AUGAAGGUCAUCCUCACAGGUUCGACAGGGUUCAUCGGCCGCGAAGUCUUAUCCCAAUGUCUUGCACAUCCUGCCAUCACCUCAAUCGUAGCGCUCAGCCGACGAGACUUACCAGCACAUGAAAAGCUCAAAGUCGCAUUAAUUGAGGAUUUCAAGACCUACCCUGACUCCAUCCGGAAUGAGAUUCGAGAUGCGGAGGCAUGUAUCUGGACACUGGGGAAGGCUCACAUGCCUAACAAUGAUAUCGCUCGACGAGUGAGUCUGGACUAUACUCUUGCAGCAGCGAAAGUCUUCCGGGAGACGUGCCAGAAACCGUUCCGGUUCUUAUAUUGUAGCGGCGCUGCCGCUGAGAGGGAUCAGAAUAAGCCGCUCUGGUUUAUGCAGGAGUAUCGGCACAUUCGGGUACGAGAACCUUGGUGGAACCAUCGAAAUUUCACUGACCAGUUGCAGGGCCAAGUCGAGAAUGAACUUUUGGGGUUCGCCGAUGAUCACCCUGGUUUUGAGGCUCAUAUCGUGCGCCCGGCUAUGGUGUUGGCGCGGGGUAUGAGUCUACACAGUAUUGUGUUUGGUCUUGGACCGUCCGUGAAGCUGGAUGAUUUAGCUGGAGCCAUGCUUGACCUAGUUUUGAAGGGUGGAAAGAAGAAUAUAUGGGAGAAUGCUGAUCUCAACAGUGUUAGGUGA